AUGGGUAAAAUGUCAUAUGCUACUUGCUCCAUUCUUAUUCUUUUUAGUUUAUAUUUUGCUCAAACUAUUAAUGGCCAAACAUGUCAAGGUAAAUCUCAGUACGAUUCAUGUUCAUCAAACAGUGCAUGCGGGUGUUUACCAUUAUCGAUCUCGGAUGAUGUGUCUAUUUGUGCUGUUCUUGGUGUAAGUUGUUCACGAUUACAGACAUGUCAAUCGCCUGGUGAUGCUUGCGAACGAGCUGAUCACGUGUGCGUGCGACAUCCAAGAUGUAAUUCGUUAACACCUGUUUGUUAUCCACUAACGAUGAUUGAUCAACGAUUAUGUCCACCGUCACCAUCAACACCAACGCCUUCUUUCACAACAACACCAGGAUUUCCAUUAUGGAACACAACAGCCCAUCCAUUCUAUAACUCAACAUCAUACCCAUACUAUAACUCAACAUCAUACCCGUUCUGGAACACAACAGCCUAUCCAUUCUAUAACUCAACGUCAUACCCGUUCUACAAUUCAUCAUCAUAUCCAUUCUAUAACUCAACAUCAUACCCGUUCUGGAACACAACGGCCUAUCCAUUCUACAAUUCAUCAUCAUACCCAUUCUAUAACUCAACUUCCUACCCAUUUUACAACUCAUCAUCAUACCCGUUCUGGAACACAACAGCCUAUCCAUUCUAUAACUCAACGUCAUACCCGUUUUACAACUCAUCAUCAUACCCGUUCUGGAACACAACAGCUUAUCCAUUCUAUAACUCAACGUCAUACCCGUUCUACAAUUCAUCAUCGUACCCAUUCCAUAACUCAACAGCCAACUCAUUAUACAAUGGAACGGUGCCAACGUCAACAAAUGGAUAUGCACCGGCCUCUGUCCAUUCGUAUUACACAAAUGCAUUAACAAUUUACAGUGGCGUAUAUCCCGGAACAGUUAAUAAAUAUUAUCAGGCAAUAAGCGUUGCUGUCAAAACACCAGGUCUAUACACUUUUACCAGCAUGAGUUACAUGAAUACCGCAGCUGUACUUUACAAAGAUGGAAUCAACUUUUAUUAUCCAACUUGGAACUUAGUUUCUUCGGUUAAUACAUUUGAUAGUAAUCAGCAAUUUAAACUAUCACACAAAUUGGAUGCUGGAACGACAUAUAUAUUAGUUGUUACAACGAUCUAUCAUGGUCAAAUGGGACCAUUUACAGUCACUGCAUCGGGUCCAGAUUAUGUUCAAUUUUAUUAA